AAAAAAAGUGGGAACAAUUGGAAGAUGCUGAUGUCACGCUGUGCACGUGAUUCAUCCACCAUCGUGGCCGAGUGAAAAUUUCGCUCAAUAGUUGGGGAACACUUUACGGUUCAGUAAAGAUUGAAUUCCAGGCAGACAAGCGACAAAAAGGCUUUUCAUCAAAAAAAGAAACUGAUCAAAGCCUGCACAUCUACAUUGGAAGCACUACCAUCUUCAAUGCAGCAGAAGCAGUCUUCUGAAGAAACGGCACCAUCAACACCAGAGCACAGUAACACAUGUGACUCGCCCUCCUCAUCUUCAACCAGUGAACCCAAUGAGGAAGCAGACCAGCUCAAUCUAUUCUUUCAUACAGACACUCAAGAUCCCUUUUACAACUCAAGCUUUAUGGACAUGGAUUCAAAACUAGAAACGAUGGAAGCUGACGGCUUUACAACUCCUAUUCAAUCCCCAUCGCCACCGGAUACAUCAUCGGCAUUGUCAGAGCAAUAUAAAUAUGCCACCGAAUCGAUUUCCUCCGAGCAAAAGUCACAGCAGGAGGCCUCAUUUCUCGAAGAUGCUCCCACCCUCGAUCUUGGUGUACCCUUCAAUGAUAUUCUCGUUCAACCUCAUCAGCCUCCAACAACUGGGCCGACCGAGGCUUCUAGCACUGGCAUCUGGAGUGGAUUUAAUAAUUUCUUGACCAAUGUUGCGACCAACCCAUUUCCUCAGGCAAUCCCCAACCUUGCUCGAAAUUUUACAGAAUAUCUGUCACAUUACCCUCAAAAUCUCAGCAAUAGCUUACCAACUUUAGGUAACUCCAACUCGGCUGAUGGAACCAGUGGAAACACUGCAAAUAAUGGCACGUUCAACACAAACUCCCAAUCAACAGCAGAUGCUCAGUCAUUGGAUUCAAAAAAACUACAAAUCAGGGUUCUUGGCGUUCCAGAAACAGGAGCCAAGUCGCGAGUGGAAACACAAAUCAAGCUGUGUAUGCAGUUAGUGACUGACAAAGGCGAAAAAGUACCUCUUUGGUCUCAUCUCAAGCUACCUGAACAUAUGGUAGCUAGAGACAAGCUUAAGCGGUCUGCGCUGAUGGCUGCUGCAUCUGGUGAAGGCAAUGGCAAGAUUGCUAUCACUGCUAUGGAUGGCAGUAUUCUGUCCCUGAAUUCCUCCAAAUUACUUCAUUUAGAUGCCAGAGUCAUUUGUGCUAGUGACCCUUCGAAGAAAGUCAUUACAUGCUUUGGCUGCAUCCAACGAGAGCGUCGUCGAUCGCAAAGAAAGAAAGAGAAUAAGAAUAAGACAGAAGCAGAAGACCCUUUCGACCAAACCACCUUGGCAUUCGAAGAAAGCAGAGUACUCUUGUUCAACUGCAGUGAAAUAGUUGAUUUCAGCUCUGGAGAUACUAUUCUUCCUACUCGAAUCACUUGCUACUGUAGACAUCACGAUGAAAAAGUCGGCUUCCGAAUUUUGUUUGCCAUGAAGGACCAUACUGGUAAAGAAAUCGCUACCGGCAUGUCUCCACCUAUCAUGAUUACGGAUGACCACAAGUCCAGCAAGGUGAAGACUGGACGCAAGCGCCCACGCACCGAAUAUGAACAUCCAGCUGCGCCAGACGUUUCUGCUCUGAUGCGAAAUACGCACUCACCAUCCUUCCAGAGUAUAACGGCCUCACAAUCGCCUGUUACUCCAGCAUUGUCUCCAGCAGCAGAGAACGUACCAAACACAUUUGGCUUGUUUAAUAAUAUUGCUCCUGCCCUUCAUAAGCAAUUGCUACCAAACAAUGUUCACCACCAACAAACGAAUUCAAACCCAAUGCCAUCCGCUACGCCUUCACCAAAAGCAGAGCAUUUACAGACUUUCAAUAUGCAACAAAUCAAGCAAGAGCGAGACGUAGGUGCCUUCACUGGUCUCGAUGGAGAUUUUACUAUGGCAGAGGCAACUCUCUCCGAUUUCCGAGCGCCGCCACCCAAUCAGCCUAAGGCACCUGUCAUGCCUUUGGAUGGAUUACAAAUGCUCCAAAAUCAACGACCAGCGUCGCAUUUGCUAUCUCCACCACCGGAAAAUCGUAAUCAACGAAAUUCUGCCCCUCGACUUCACCGUUUGAUACCCAAUGAAGGCCCAACCUAUGGCGGCAUUGAAGUCACUGUUCUAGGUUCCGGUUUCCAUGAAGGACUUACUUGCAUGUUUGGAGACUCUCCUGCCAUCCCAACCCACUGCUGGAGUCCCAAUACACUUGUAUGCAUACUUCCACCUUCCGUCAAUCCUGGAACAGUUGUGGUAUCUUUCAAGGAGCACCCCCUGGUCGUUGAUGGUCAAGAUGUCGUUCUUUUCACAUACUUCAAUGAGAGUGACCGUGCCCUCAUGGAACUUGCUCUGCAAGUAGUUGGUUUGAAAAUGACAGGCAAAGUCGAAGACGCACGCGAAAUUGCCAUGCGCAUUGUUCAAGGCGGUAGUGCUGGAGGUAACAAUAACCUUCAAGCAUCGUCCAACCAGCAGCAGCAGCAGCAGCAUACUAUGCAGUCCUCUUUCAGCGCAACCGACUCACCCCGCUCCGUUGACCUAGAGCGACAAAUCAUUCAAGUCCUUGAUGUCAUGGAUACGAUUGACAAUGGACAAAAGGCCGAUUUGACACUCCGAAACCACAGCUCUCAGUCCAUGCUUCAUCUUGCAUGUAUGCUAGGAUUCACCAAGCUGACUCAAGCGCUAUUGGACUUGGGCUGUCCUGUCAAUGCCAUUGAUCGAAAUGGAUACACUGCUCUUCACUAUGCCAGCUGGCUUGGUCAUAGUGCGGUUGUCAAGUUAUUGAUUGAUCAAUCCAACGCCAACCCCAAUGUGACCAAUUCCGCUGGCUUAACGCCAUUGGAUAUGGCCAGAAAAGCAGGUCAUUACCAGGUGACAAGCUACCUCCAACCCUUUGACAUCCCAGCCUCUCUCCCGGCUGUUUCCAGUGAAGAAGAUGGAGCCUCAUCUGGUGCUUACGCCGCCUCCUCCGAGAUGGAUUCUGAGAUUGAUUAUACCACUGAAGACGACACAAGCUCAGACGAAGAAGUUCAUAAUGACCUGUACAUCGAUGAAUUCGGCAGUGUAUGGCUCGAUGGAGAAAGUUCAGACUCUGAGACCGAUGAAAGCGGAUCUGGCUUUGAGGAUGAUUUACGUUCUGCUCACCCUGGUAACCGUGCUGUCAGCUGGCUAUCGUCUGGAGCUCGUAAGAACCGAUCAUCUCUCAAUGAAGUUGUCGAUGCUGUCGCUGUGAGCGGCUCCCCAAUUUUGCACUCGGACGAUGAUGAACCAUCUCUACAUGAGCACGCAAAGCAAGAGCCAAAUUGGAUGAAGCGUACUUUCACACAUUUACAGCAGCAAGCAUCGUACCCUCUGAACCAUAUCAAGUCUCCCACUGAAAUGCUUCACAGCAUGCCACCCAUGUUGCCCAACUUUGGAUUGACCCCCAUGAACGAUACGAUAGAUUCUUCUAAUAAGAUGGUGAAGAGUCUUACGGAUCAUCUCAUGGCGUUCCCGCGACCCGUCAUGCCCAACUUUGCUGCUAUUUCCAAUAUGUCCAUGGCCAGCAUGUUUGGCGGUCCCGCCAUCCCUAACCAAGGCAUGAUGAAAUCUAAGACAGGUGAAGCUGAACAGACGUUAGCAUGGUAUAUGGCACUUGCGUAUGCUAUGGGAGCUGCUAAAGGAAAUGAUGAAUCCGCUUUUGACAAGACUGAAGCCGACCCAGAGGAUGGAUCUAACAGAGGCACUACCAGCCGAACUGUACGAAAGCAGCACCACUUGUCAUCAGCUUAUGAGGACAUUUCUACUACAGAUACUAUCCAGACCGCGGCUGAAAAGGAAAGCCACUACCUCCGCGGCCUUGAACUGAUGGAAGAGAAGAAGCGACGUGAUCGCAAACUCUUCGUGUUCUGGGUGCCAUUACUUUGCUUGAUGGUUGCUCUAUUGACAUUUCAAUUCCUAUCUACCCAACCUACUUUGGCUGAGUCUCUCAUUGGCCUCACCGACAUGAAACGAACCUACUUGAGAUUCUAAAUCUAAGCCUACUCUCCCCAUUUUUUUUUGCCCCUCCCCCUUUCUAAAAAUGACAUUUAUACAUACUUGUAAUCGUAUAAUGUCGUCUGUAUCUAUGCUUUCUUUUUUUGUUCUGUCCUUAUCUAUU